AUGGCAUUAGUUGCAACAGAACUCUUCAUAGGCAAAUUUGUAAGCAUGCUUGAGAGCGAAGCAGCAUCCAUAGCGGGCUUUCGUGAUCAAGUUGAUGAGAUUAAGAGGGAGCUGGUGAUCAUGAAAUCCUUCUUGGAGGAUGCUGAUGGUGGCAAGAAAGCACACACAGAAGUAAAGAAAGCGCAGGUCGCAAGCAUUCGAGACUUGGCCAAUGAUGUCGAAAACAUCAUUGAUGAAUUCAUGUAUCACAUGUACAAGCAACAAAGGGGCAGUCGAUGUCCAAAGUGGCUCCUCAAAACCAUUCAUUUUCCAAAGCACCUUUGGUAUAAGCGCCAAAUAGCAAAGAAGUUACAAAAAAUUGCCGGAACAAUUAGAGCUAUUCCAGAGAGAAAUGAGAGAUAUGGUGGUGCUGCAGCCAUAGAAGAAAAAAGUACUUCUGAGUAUAUUUGCAGAUGGGUACAGAACCAAGCGGAGUCUUCUCUUACCAUAAGGAGAAUGAACUCGUCGGGAUUGAAGGCGAUAAGAAAUAUUGAUGGGAUGGCUGAUGAACAAAGAGCAACACCAAACUGUUGUCUCUGUGUGGUAGGGAUGGGAGGAUAUAAGGGAAGACAACUCUAG